AUAAAUGAUGCGAUCCAAAGUGCAUUUGAACAGUAGUGAAACACUUUAUGAAGUUUUACAUUCAUACGAGCAGACAGAGAAGUAAGUUUGAAGUAAGUUUGGAGCAGAAGAAAUAGAAAUAAACCUUGUGUAAAUUGUCAGCUUUAUGCUAAGAUAAAAUGCUAUUUCUAACCAUUUUACAUGCACGUUACCAGGCACGAUCAUAUUUUUUUAUCAAGAAAAUUCACGCUGGAUCAUAAUUUCUUUUUUUCUAGUAAGACCUUUGAUAUUAGGGCAAAAAUCGUAUUCUUGAUAAUUUUUUUAUUGUUUUCCUGUAAAAAUAUCUAAAAAUCCUUAAAACAAGAUCAGUUAGAUUUAUGUUGUUUUAGAAACAACACUACAUAAGAUAUUUAGGUUUUUCAGAGAAUGUAUUUUUAACAUGGAUUUUGUCUUACUGUACUGGCACAGUUUUUAUAGUCAAAACAAGUGAAAAAAUUUACCAGUGCUAAAGAAGUAAUCCAAAGUAUUUAGAAUAUGUUACUGACCUUGAGUAAUCUAACGGAAUACGUUACAAAUUACAUUUUACAGCAUGUAUUCUGUAAUCUGUAGUGGAAUACAUUUCAAAAGUAACCCUCCCAACCCUGUGUGUUAGAUUUCUGAGCGUCCUGCAGUUUCUCCGGCUGACCGAUGUGUGUCGCUGUAACUCCUGGAAAUCCCACUUCCAGGCUUUUGCUGGGAGAGACACGCCGACACCACAUUCAAGAUGGCCUCUGUCAGAGGUUGCGAUGGACGUGGACCAAAAUGUGCAUGAGCAAUACCUACCCAUGGCUUUACUCUCCAUCCUUAACGUUAAAGGCAUUGGAGAACGAUGUCAUGAGUAUACUGCAUUGGUAGAACCGGUGGGGUAUGUAAGAUGAAAUCUUGUUUUGCAGACAGCCCAGCCGAACCGGGGCGCCGCCGCCGCUGCAGUUGCAGCAGCAUCAAGGUUUCAUCUGCGGUUCUGAAGCACCACCGACAAUUCCAGUGAGAUGGAAAGAGUGGAGGAUGCGGAUGAGCAGGGUCUCGCUUCGUCUAUCGAUGUCAACGACAACAGGGAAACACGCAAAGCACACUUUUGCGUUUCUUACCCUGAGUGUGCACGGUCCGGAGAUAGUUCUGUUUACAUUCCGGUUAUAAAGCAUAGGGUUUCAAACCCGGGCGUUGCUUCAACGAGGGAGAGCCACAUUGUGCUUGAUUCGAUUGCGGACUCUCUCUCUCUGGUGGUGGAAUGCAGGGACGGAAUAUUAAAUGGCUUUCCCGAACGGCAGGAGGUGGCUGUGGUCUGUCCGGAUGAUGGUGGAGAAGGAGGGGGAACCGCAGCUGUGUGGGCAGACGGAAUGUCAGACACGGAUCGGGUUACCGGGACUUCCGAAUGUGCGAGGGAGAGCUUGGAUAAACCCGUCAAGGGUUAUUUAAAUGCACAGCUGAGGUCUGCAGUGUUAUUUGUGGGCAAAAACUCACCAGAUAUGAAGAUGCCGAAUGGGGAUGCGACCUAUGAGCAUAUGGAUCAUGAUCGGAGUCAAUUAAAGUGUUUGGAUUAUGGACACACUCUUUCAGAAGGAUUCAACAGGAAGGUGGCUGCUUUAGACCGAGGCAUGAAAGUGGGGAAUGGGGGUUUUUUGAUUGUGAACAGUUAUGACACCCUGUCUCCAGUCCCCUUCGGAACCUUGGGUGGCCUUCCUGCUCCAGAGAGCCCUGUCUUUGUUCAUCAAAGUGGUACAGUCCUCCCUUCGGAGAGGUCAUAUGAAAGGAUAAGCCGUGCCAGAGCGGAGAGCUCGGAGGCGGCAAGCUGUGACCCCGAUCCGGGAGAUACACUGUCAGACCUCAGUGCCAAGCUGUCAUUGUCUCCCCUUGCAGAGAACACCAGCGAUUACACCGAGACCGACCCGAGCCCGGAGGAGGAGUACAGCGAGACGGGCCCUCCACUUCGGCCCCAGAAUCUCCGGACUCACCCCGGCCACACGGUCUCUCUCAGCUGUGAUGCCACUCCUCUGAGCCCCGGCGAUGAUGGGUAUUUUGGAGCGGAGGGCGGCGUGGAUGAGUGUCUUGGCUAUGUGAAUACAUUUCAGGUCAGUCGUCGGCAGAGCGCCCCAGACACAAUUGGCGAUGAAUCCGAGGCCUCAUCUGACCAGACGGUUGUCGCUAAGAGACAAGGCAUCGCUGAGUUUCUGAGCAGGAGUUUGUUUUCCUGGAAGCCCAAAGAGUCAAGUGCCACAGCUUCCCAGAGUGCUCCGGCAUGGAAGCUGUUUGGGAAAAUUCAAAUGUGGGACGAUCCUCCCAAAGACUCAAGAACCAUCCAACAGGAGUAUGAGUCCAGGGCAGGGCCAGCCUCAGGACCACCCUCUCAACCUCAGCCAAUGAGACGGAAGAAUCUGGAAUUUGAGCCUUUGUCCACCACUGCUCUCAUUUUGGAAGACAGACCUGCGAACUUGCCAGCUAAAUCAGAAGAGGAAUCUCAGAGACACAGGCAGGAAUACAGUGAGAUGGUCGCAGGGGCCAAGAGAAGGGAGUUGAAAGAGGCACAGAAGAAAAAACGACAAAUGAAGGAGAGGUACCGACAGGAAGAGAACAUUGCCAACGCCAUGGUGAUCUGGAACACGGAGGUCCUGCCUAACUGGGAAAGCAUGCAUAACACCCGACGUGUGCGUGAACUCUGGUGGCAGGGUGUCCCACCCAGCGUUCGUGGUAAAGUCUGGAGUCUCGCUGUAGGCAAUGAGCUCAACAUUACCCCAGAACUGUAUGAGAUCUUCCUGUCCAGAGCCAAAGAGAAAUGGCGGAGCUUCAGUGAGACAAGUUCAGUAAACGAAAAUGAAGACUGUGGUGUGUCGCUGGCGGACAGAGAGUCUAGUCUGGAUUUAAUCAAGCUGGAUAUCUCCAGAACUUUCCCCUCUCUCUACAUAUUCCAGAAGGGUGGACCAUAUCAUGAUAUAUUACACAGUGUGUUGGGGGCAUACACCUGUUAUAGACCUGAUGUAGGCUAUGUGCAGGGGAUGUCCUUCAUUGCUGCUGUUCUCAUUCUGAAUUUGGAGGAAGCCGAUGCCUUCAUUGCCUUUGCCAACCUCCUUAACAAACCAUGCCAGAUGGCCUUCUUCAGAGUGGACCAUGACCUGAUGCUGAAGUAUUUUGCAGCGUUUGAGGUGUUUUUUGAGGAGAAUCUUCCCAAACUGUUUCAGCACUUUCAGAACAACAGCUUGACACCUGACUUUUACCUCAUAGACUGGAUCUUCACCCUGUACAGUAAGUCAUUACCAUUGGAUGUGGCGUGUCGCGUUUGGGAUGUGUUUUGCCGAGAUGGAGAGGAGGCAUUAUUCCGGACAGGACUAGGAAUUUUGAGGCUGUACCAGGAAGUUCUACUACAAAUGGAUUUCAUCCAUAGUGCACAGUUUCUUUCCCGACUGCCUGAAAACACACCUGCACACACACUCUUUUCCUGCAUAGCAAACACACAGAUGGUCAGUAACAACCGUCGGUGGAACCAGGUCUUCUCUGCUCUGAUGAAAGAUGGACUCAAAGAAACUGACAAAAUCAGCAGCAGCCCUGCCUUUAGAACCUAACAACUUACAGCUAACUCUCUCAGAAGAGGUGAUGACACCAUUGUUUCUAUGAUGAUGUUUCUGAGACUUACAGAAGAUGAAGUCAUCUCACAGCACUUUGGCCUCUGCAGUGUGUCUUGAGGAGGACCAGAACGUCUGAGGGACAAAGCUCAGGCUCAGAGACAAUGUGCUGACUGGACUGUUUGAAGAAUCUCAUAAUGGACCUGUCCCCUGUGGAGCGGACAUUUAUUCACUUGCACUUGCGAGUGUGUUUGUGCGCGUUUGUGAUAGAAUGAGUUUGAGAGAGAGAAUAAGUUAAAUGUCAGGUUACCGUAUAAUGUGCCAAAUUUGUUAAUGUUACUAUUGUAAUGUUGUGACUAUAAGAAAACAAACUAUUCAGAACAAAUUACACAUACAUACACAGGGGCCAGAGCCACAUGAAACGAAUACUCCAUGCCAGCUGAUGUGAACCAGCAGUAGGCCCUCUGCAACGCAUACACAGUCUAAACCUGUGGUAGCCUUUCAUUUGCACAAACCAAAUUGGUCCGUUUAUGUGUUAUGAAUUCAGCCUGUUUGCUUUUUUUUUUUCUCUCUUCAUAGAGCAAUCGACACCUAUGGUGAUAUUUCUGUAACCCUGACAGAUGUAUUCUCUGAGAACAGUCAUACAAUUUUGCUUCUGAAAUAAAUUUAUCUCAUUUUGAAGUUUAGAUAUUUUACCUUUUUUUUUUUUUCAGUGUAGUCACUCAAGACUUUGAGAAUUUAUGCUUCAGUUAUCAAAAUAAUCAGCCACAUGCCUUUGAAUAAAUGGUUUGCACACAUGUACACACUAAUCAGCCAGCAAACAAGAGAUCAGCUUUCAACUGUUGCAUCUUCCACUACACUCCAAAUGAAUGAACAUGUCCAGAUUUUUUUUUUUCUAGUUAAAGUCUUUGUUUAUUUUAAUUUAAGAAUUAUGCAUAUUUUCUUUUUUAUCUUCCUCGAUGUACAGUUUUUUUUUUUUACAUAACAGUUGGUAAUGUACAUUUCUGUCGUGAGGGCUCUUGAGUAGAUGUGAAAAAAGAAAUCUCAGUAUUGGACUCCUGCUUUGUCUUCCUGUCUUUUUGUUAGAUUUUCUUACAUUUACACUUGUUUUUUUGUUUUUUUUAGAGAGAGAAUUAAACAUUACAUGUUAUGCAGCAUUUUAAUUUGGAAGGUGCUAAACAUGAGGACAGCAUGUUUUUGAGUGCCAUUUGUAGAUCAUUGGAAAAUACAAUGGGGUUCAAAAGUACACUAAAAAUCUGGGAUUGAAUUGAAAAUUUAAACCUUGAUAAAAAGUUUUAGUAUUCUGAAAAUUUUAAAGUUAAGAAAUAGUAAAGAUUCUGCACUAUUUCAUGGUCACUAAUCAAAUAAGCUCAUUUGUGACAUUUAGCAUGUUAACUGUUCUAGAAAAGUCAGUUCUCUUUCUAACAUUCUUUCGGUAUUUCACCAUGGGAAUUUGCCUCAGGCGUAUCGGACACCGGAAGCAAUGAUGUCUUUAAGCUGUCAGACCAAUCGCAGCAGUGAUAAAGGAGCCCCACCUCCCUAUAUAAUGGGGCUUUUCCACUGCACAGUACAGCUCGACUCGACUUUGCUCUGCUCGCUUUUUGGGGGUUUUCCACUGUGGAUAGUACCUGGUACUUUUUUUAGUACCACCUCGGAGUUCCAAGCCAGCCGAACAGAUACUAAAUGUGACGUCAAAACCCUGCAGGUCACUGAUUGGUCAGAGAGAAUCGUCACUACCUGCGUUACUGGACUUGCGACACGGGACAUCAACCCGCUAGUUUUAAAGUUAGCAACAGCGAUAGCAGUAUCAUUUGUUCACGUGACUUUCGAAUUGUAAAAAGAAAUGGCUGUGCACAAAACCAUGGUGUGGUCAAUAAACAAGGUGCAGAUGUUCCUCUCGUUAGUAGCCGAGGAGAGGAUUCAACGAGAGCUGGAUGGGGCGACACGAAACUAAAAAGUCUUUCAGGAAGUGUCUCAGCAGCUGUUGGCCGCACACGGCUACAGUGUAGGGAAAAGUUUUUAAAAAAAACUUAAAAGUGAUUACAGAACCAUCAAGGACCACAACAGCCGGAGUGGUUCAAACAGAAGAAAGUGGAAGUGGUUCGACCAGAUGGACGCUAUCUAUGGCAACAGUCCGGCAAGCAAUGGGAGGGAGAGUGCCCUGGACUGUUUAUGGAGUCCACGAUUGAGGAUGGUACAUUUUGUUACGUUAACUCUAUAUUCUGCUUGAAAGCUUCACUUUAUUUAGUUAUAUCCUCCAUUGCUCCUUUGUUGUGUGUUUGUGUCACGUUUAAGAUGAUGUCACGGCAGUAGAGCCGGCACAACUAUUACGAUCAGCCUAUAAUCCCACACACGUUGAGGCUGCAUUAAACUGCAGUGGAAAAACAAGCUCAGAAAAGUAAAGCGAGUCGAGUUGAACCGUAACGUGCAGUGGAAAAGUGCCAUAAGACACUGCCACAGGUCUCUUCUUCAUUCUCGUUCUCUUCCCCGUGAAGAUUAUUGGAAGCUAUCCUCAGCAGGGCUUGCAAGGAGUGGUCACUAAACAGUUCGUUAGACGAGCCGUUUAGGUACGUCGCAGAGUGCAGCUUUUUUCUUUUGCAAAUAUAUUCACUGUCGAAGUGAAUAUACUUUUCUGCUGUGUUGAUAUUGUUUCUCCGGGCGUAAACCAGUGUCAAGGCAGGUUUACGUAUUUUUUCGGUAGAGUUAAAAUCAGUUAUAGCUUCUACCCUCUCCUGCACAUCGUGGUGGUGUGGGAGAUCAGCUGGUCUUAUCACAUUAAGGAGAGAUCCAGGGAUUAACACAGAAUCGAGUGGUACGUUGUGGUGAACUGGCUCUGUGUUCUUGAGCUCAGGUUUUUGUAAUGGUGACUGUGAGCUCACCGAUCGGCGGAGCAAAGGAGAAGGAUCCCUCUCGUCCAUGCACGUGUGGAUCUAAGAUCUCGCCCAAGGAUUCCCACCCACUCUGUAUCAUCUGUCCCAUGGUCAGACAUGCGCAGGCUGCACUUGCUAAUCCCGAGUGUUGCCCGCACUGUUCCCAGUUCGUACGGUGAAUUUUGGAAAGGAGGGUGCGGGUCGCGGUGUCGAAUAAUGGGGAUCCCUGUUUUUCUCUGCCACCUGCGCUGUUCCUGCAGCUGGGGCGAUUUAAUGGACGAAGUUUCCACUGAUCUGCCUCCCCUCUUUGAAUCUGCCCCUUUGGCAGGGGACAGGGAAGAGGAUCAUGAUGAUGAUCGUCUUUUGGAGGAUGAUGGCGAGGAGGAUGAUGCAAUUCUCUCCGCUCAUUCUUGGCCAGGCAGCGCGAUGGACGCAUCCCCCUCUGCUGUCCAGGGAGAGCUGGGCCUGGUUGAAAUGUGUAGAUGGGUGGCAGCCAAACUUUCCAUUCACUGGCCGCAGGUCAAGGUGCAAAGAGAGACCUGUAUGAUGGUAAACUGCUGCCGUCUCUUGCUGCCCCGGUAAAACAUUGGUUCCUGCUGUCCCAGUGUGCAUCAUGGAGAUGCAACGUUUUUGGGACAAGCCGUUUUCUCACAGAGCGCCUGUUAAAGGUUUCUCUAGGCUGGAUGUGCACGGGAUGGAUGAUCUAGGGAUGUCCAGCCCCCCUCCAGUUGAGGCAUCAGUGGUGAAUCACCUCCACCCCGACCAUUGGGCAGCCUUUUCGUCUGCUCCCCCUUCAUUGCCGGGACAGACGGAGAGAUUGUCGGCCUCCAUUUAUCAGAAGAUCUACCGAUCUUCAGCCUGAGCCGUAAGGGCUCUUAAUGCCACCACGCUCCUCACAGCGUAUCAGGCCAAGUUGAUGGAGUAGAUGGGGUGGAAUAUUGACACCGGGUCGCUGGACGCGGCAUUGUGGGAGGAGAUCUGUGUCAUUGCUGAUCUCAAUCUGCGCAUGUCAAGAGGAGCUGCCCAGAACUGCGGCCGCAGCAUAGGCCUCACCGUAGUGGACAAACAGGCUCUUUGGCUGGGUUUGUCUGAGAGAGAGAAGACUGACUUCCUGGACGCCCCAGUGGAACCGAAAGCCCAGAUCAUUUAUUCUACCAUGCCUUUAUACCCCUGUGUCUGUAGUUUUAAUGCAAAGGAGCUGCUGCUCCCCACACCCCUUUCUGGAAGUGGGCUGUGCCUUUCCUGCUGGUGCCAUGGAUACCCCUGCGACAACAAAAUUAUAAAUAACACGGAGAACACACUAAGUCUAUCAUCUUACUGUAUUGCUCAAAACAAAGGUCGAGUUAUGAAAUAUGAAAAACAGCUAUAGUUGUCGAAAAUACCACUAUCGUUUCAUAAUCGUUUUUGAAAUAAUGACCGGUUUUAUUACACGGAAAAUCUUCAUUGACCACUCAAGCAGGACUGUGGAUGAUGCCAAUCAGUUUAUAUCAUAACCGAAACAGAGCUACAGCUUCAUUGUUAUGGAAUAAGGUAGUUAGGGACUAGUUGCUACAUUACACAAAGCACAGUGUUUUCACAACAAGCAUUUUUCGCACAACUGCAAACAAGCAAAUUCAGAAAGCCAAACUGCAAACAUCAAAAAAGUAUAAAGUGCGAAACUUACGACUUGCAAAUUGAAGUUGGGUCAUGGAGAGUUGGUAUCAAUCCAUCCUUGAUCCUUAGCUUUGAAGCAAAUCCAGACAUGUGUUGACCAUCGUUGAUGAAGCAGUCCGAGUUAGCACAAGCGGCUCUAGCGAGAAGAUAAAUAUGGUGGACUGUGUGAUGCUCGCUCAGGUUUUAAUGAGGGCGGAUCUAAACUACUGGGCGGAUCUCUUCGCCAGCCGUGGGCAGUACCUUUCCCCUUUUGAUGUCAUAAGGGGCUGCAAACCUGAACAGCUUGGAGACACUGUUUUUUAUUGAUGGGGAAAGAAACGAGGGGAUGGUCUUUUACCAUAUUUUGUGGUUGUCUACACACACUGGGGACAUAUAAUUAUGUUCAAAGAAAUUGAAAAAGUGGAUUUGGCAUAAU